UUUUUAUAUAAAAAGACUCAUUCAACUUAUUUUCUCUCUCUCUCUUUUUACCUUUUCUUUUCUUUUCUUUUUUUUAUAUAUAUCUAUUUUCCCUUUCCUUUUAUAAUGUCAUCAACUAUAAACGAUGUAAAGGUGGAUAUGCGUGAUACUUUAACUACACCACAUUCAGAUCCUUUAAAUCCUUUCGCCUUUCAAUCUAAUCAAUUAGCUGCCUUACAAGAUCCUAAAAAUAUCGAAUUAUUACAUAUUUUUGGUGGUCUAAAAGGGGUGGCUAAAGGCUUACAUACAGAUCUAGAAAAGGGUUUAACGCAGAAAGAGAAGGAAGAUGAUGAUGCUUUAAACAAAUCUCCUAUUACUUUAUAUGAUAUCACUUUAGAUUCAAGUAAAUUAAACACAACUACACCUCCACCUACACCUAUUCAACAUGAACAUGCGUCAACAACAGAAGAUACAACUCAAUCUAUACGUACUACCAUCUUUGGUUCAAAUGUCUUACCUCCCGUAAAAUCAAAAAAUAUAUUUCAAUUAAUGUGGUUAGCAUUUCAAGAUAAAACACUUAUUUUAUUAGCGGUAGCUGCUAUAGUUUCUUUAGCAGUAGGUUUAUAUGAAGAUAUCGCAGUACCAGAAUAUGAUGCUCAAGGAAAUAGAAUUGCAGGUGUUAAAUGGGUUGAAGGUGUAGCUAUCAUUGUAGCUAUCUUGAUCGUUGUUCUUGUUGGCUCUGUUAAUGAUUUUCAAAAAGAAAGACAAUUUAGAAAAUUAAAUGCAAAAAAGAAGAUCGCUUUAAGAGAUGGUCAAACAGUACAAAUAUCUGUUUAUAAUAUUCAAGUGGGUGAUAUUUUAUAUCUUGAACCUGGUGAUAUUGUCGCCGCUGAUGGUAUCUUUAUCGAAGGUCAUAAUGUACGUUGUGAUGAAUCAGCAGCAACAGGUGAAUCAGAUGCUGUUCGUAAACAAACGUUUGAAUCUUGCUAUUUCCAUCAACAACAACAACAACAACAGCCUAAAGAAAUUAAAAUAGAUAACUUUUUAAGUGUCCCUACAACUAAAGCUGAAGCUUCUUCUAUGAAUAGUUUUAUUUCUUCUGACGAAUAUAAACCUAGUCCAAAGGCAGAUCCCUUUAUUAUUUCUGGCUCUAAAGUCCUUGAAGGUGUUUGUACUUAUUUGGUAACGGGCGUAGGUGUUCAUUCUUAUUAUGGUCGUACAAUGAUGGCUCUUCGAACAGAAAAUGAAUCAACGCCUUUACAAGAAAAAUUAAAUAAUUUAGCGUCCAUGAUUGCCAAAUUAGGUUCUGCUGCUGGUCUCUUGAUGUUAAUCGUACUUUUUAUUCGAUAUUUCGUCAAUUGGAAGUAUGAUGGUAUCCCCACUGUAGCAACUGAAAUUGUUCAACAAGUAAUGGGGAUUUUAAUUGUAGUUGUAACCAUUAUUGUUGUUGCUGUACCUGAAGGUUUACCCUUAGCUGUCACUUUAGCUCUUGCUUAUGCUACUCAACGUAUGCUCAAGGACAAUAACUUGGUUCGUGUUUUGGCUGCAUGUGAAACAAUGGGUAAUGCAACUACAGUCUGUUCAGACAAAACGGGUACGCUUACGCAAAAUAAAAUGACAGUUGUUGCUGGUACCUUGGGUUCCUCCUUUAGAUUCCUUCAUGAUGCCCCUACAGAACGUGUCGAUCUUAAUGAUAUCAGUACUCUAUCAUCAAGGGUACCUUUACCUAUUCUUCAUUUACUCAAUCAAGGUAUUGCAGUGAACUCAACUGCAUUUGAAACGGAACAGGAGGGUGUUCUACAAUUUGUGGGUAACAAGACAGAGACGGCUCUCUUACAAUUAUCUAAAUUACAUACCAAGAGUGAAGCUUAUGAUGACCUUCGAAAGAAAUGGCCUCAACUUCAGGUCUUCCCAUUCAGUUCUGAACGUAAGGCGAUGGCAACCGUCAUUCGUCUAGAGGAUGAACGUGUUGUUAGAGUCCAUGUGAAGGGUGCCUCUGAAAUUUUAGUACAACAAUGUCAACGUAUCGUGACAUUGAGUAAGACAACAGAUGAUGUACUCAAAUCACGUCCAUUGACGGAAGAAGAUCGUCAUCGUCUGGAUCGUAUCAUUCAAAGUUAUGCCUCUCGAAGUUUGCGUACCAUUGCCUUGGCUUAUCGUGAUUUGGAUGAUUGGGACAUCAAAAAGAAGAAAGCAGAAGGAGAAGGAGAAGAAAUACCUUACGAAGAUAUCAUUAAAGGAGGCUUGACAUUGAUCGGUAUCGUAGGUAUCGAAGAUCCUUUACGACCUGGUGUAAAAGAAGCUGUCAAGGCAUGUCAACGUGCUGGUGUCUUUGUUCGUAUGGUGACGGGUGAUAAUGCUGUAACAGCAAAGUCAAUUGCUAAACAAUGUGGGAUUUAUACAGCAGGUGGUAUUGUCAUGGAGGGUCCCGUCUUUCGUUCUCUCGCCCCUCAUGAGAUGGAUGCUAUCUUACCUCGUUUACAAGUCUUGGCUCGAUCCAGUCCUGAGGACAAACAAAUCCUCGUCGGUCGUCUAAGGGAACUGGGUGAUAUCGUGGCCGUAACAGGGGAUGGUACUAAUGAUGGCCCCGCCCUUAAAUUAGCUGAUGUAGGUUUCUCAAUGGGUAUCGCUGGAACAGAGGUAGCUAAGGAAGCAUCAAGUAUCAUCUUGAUGGAUGAUAACUUUUCAAGUAUCGUGAAGGCUAUCAUGUGGGGUCGUUGUGUGAAUGACUCUGUCAAGAAAUUUUUAGAAUUUCAAAUCACCGUCAACAUCACUGCCGUCGUCCUCACCUUUAUUUCAUCUGUCGUGAGUCAUGAUCAAAAGUCAGUCUUAACCGCUGUUCAAUUACUCUGGGUGAAUUUGAUUAUGGAUACAUUUGCAGCCUUGGCGUUAGCAACAGACCCACCCACAAAGGAAUUAUUAGAAAGAUCCCCUGAACCAAGAUCGGCACCACUCAUCACAUUUAAAAUGUGGAAGAUGAUUAUUGGUCAAGCCAUCUUCCAAAUCGUCGUUACCACCAUCUUAUUAUACAGUGAUGUCUUACAUUAUGAAGCCAAUGACCCCAUCUUACAGACCAUCGUCUUUAAUACCUUUGUCUUUUGCCAAAUCUUUAAUGAAAUCAAUUGCCGACGUAUCGACUCUCAUCUGAACAUCUUUAGCAACAUCCUCGCCAACAAGUUUUUCAUCUUCAUCUUUGCUUUAUGUGUUGCACUUCAAGUCAUUAUUGUUAAUGUGGGUGGUGCUGCAUUCCAAGUGACGAGAGUGAAUGGUGUCGCCUGGGCGAUUUCGAUUGUCGUAGGACUUUUAUCUAUACCUAUCGGUGCUGUCAUUCGAUUGAUACCUGAUGAAUUAUUUGCUUGGGUCUUUUUAUUUAGUCCUAAUGCUAAAAAACGAUACUUGGGAGGUCAAGAUCAAGCAAACACAAGUAGUCCCUCUGUCUAUGUUGCUGGUAAUGAAAGAAUUAUAUGGAACCAACCUGGUGGUCACACUACAACUACUACUACUACUACAAAGGCUGAAGAAGAAAAAGUAGAAGAGGCAGCACCUGCUUAUGAUACCCCUAAUACUAAUAAUACUCAUAAUACUAAUAAAUCAUUCAAUGACUAUGUGCCAGCUUAUGAAGGCUUUGAAGAACAAAAUCAAGAUACGAUUCUUUCUUCUGGAUCUUUAGAACAACGUAUACAAUCAUAAUAAUAACAAUAAAUUUAUAUUUAUCUAUUUUUUUUAUUUUAUAAUAAU